CGACAGGGGAGGAGUGCAUAACUUGACGUCAUACUCUCUCUGUGUCUGAAUCGAGUGCUGCUGACUUGAGGGAAGAAGGAAGUCAGCAGGCCAUUGAAAGGGGCGAGCGACUCAUUUUUGUUCUUAUUUCUUUCUUUCUCCUUUCCUUUCACUGGAUUGCAAAAUUUUGGAAACAUUUUAAAUUUUGAUCAAUCCCGCAAAUGAUUUGAACUUCAAGGGACGGGAGGCGAGAUAGGCAGAUUCAGUAUGGCAUAUCGGAGAAGGGGACAGCCCUCACCGUCGCCGUCGUCUUACUAUUAUUCAUACGAGAAUCAGAGGGAUGAGGGAAAGGGGAGAGAAGAUGAGGAAAGAGCAGCGCAAGAUUCAACUUCGACUGCCACCGGACUUGCCUCCAAAGCCAUCAGAGCAUCCUCCGCCGCCCAAACCCUCCGAGAUUCCUCCCUUUCCUCCGCUUACGCCUUGCCUCCUUCUCCUUCCUCUUCCUCAUCCGCUCCUUCUUUCUCCGCCAAUGCUUCUGCUGCCGCUGCUUCCAAGAAUCCCGCCCACAAUCCCCACGCUUAUACUUCCAUGAGUAGCUUCAACCAAUCUAAUCGCAAUCGCAAUAUCAAUCCCAACCCCGAUCCCAAUCCCAAUCCCAAACCAGGUGGUUUUUGGGGUUCUCUUGCUAGAAAAGCUAAAUCCUUUCUCGAUGACGAUGUUGAUGACGAUGAAAGUGAAAAUGGGCAGCAGCGUAAUCGGUUCCCGCUAACCCAGUACCAACAAGACCGUGAUUUCGUGCCCCAACAGCACCAGCAACCUCACUCUCCUGCCCCGGAUCCUCAGCCGUUGUCUGAACCGUCUACCUCUUCACCCAAGAGUGAUACUCGCCAACCGCCACUGCAAGACGACCGUAAAAAGAAAGAAGGUCCUGUGCUACGCAAAGGGCUCAAUGCAAUUUCGUCUUCCCUUAACUACAUUGGCAAUGCUGUUGAGGAGGGCCUCACGAAGGUGGAGAACCGAACAGCUGAUAUCAUCCAAGAAACACGCAAGCAUAUCAGGAAAAAGCCUGCUGGUACUACCAUGCACAACCAGACGAACAGCCAAAGUACUGUACGGCAGCAACCUCCAGUACAGUCACCGGUGCAGCCCCAGAUGCAAGGUGAUCUGGAGCUUCAAUUGAAGGCAUCUCGCGACGUAAGAUUUCAAAGUGCACAAUUUGUCUGUGCUUUGCAGGUUGCUAUGGCGAUGGCUGCCAAAGCUAAACUACUACUUAGGGAGCUGAAAACUGUUAAAGCUGAUUUAGCUUUUGCCAAGGAAAGGUGUGCUCAGCUGGAGGAACAAAAUAAGGUCCUCAGAGAGAGCCGCGAAAGGGGAGACAACCUGGAAGAUGAUGACCUGAUUCGGCUUCAACUUGAGACACUACUAGCAGAGAAGGCGCGGUUGGCGCACGAGAAUUCAGUUUUUGCUCGCGAAAACCGAUUCCUAAGGGAAGUAGUGGAGUAUCACCAGCUUACUAUGCAGGAUGUAGUGUACUUGGAUGAAGGAACUGAAGAAGUCACAGAAGUAUACCCGAUCAAGGUAGUGUCAAGUACCCCAUCCACCCCCAGUGCAGAGAUGUCCCAUGGUGUAAGCCUUGUCGGGAAUCGAGAAACAUUGGUGCACCCUGUGCCACCACCUGGACUGGGCUAGGAAUUGGUAUGUCCCCACUUCAUCAGGGUGGCUAUUGAUUCGAAGUAGCGACUACAGCCAUCAAUUUGAACGGUAAAGUGCUCUCAUAUAUUUUGUUCUGGAGAAAUACCUUAAAGGGACUGAAUAUCGUCGUUUCACUUUGUAUACAGUUUGUACCUGAUUGCCAAAGUUGGCCAUUUUGUUCCUAGACACUAGUAUAUACAAACUGUCUUAUUCGACGAAAAAAAAAUAUAUAAACUGUCUUUACAUACUUUGGUAAGUUUGUUGACAGCACGGGAAACAGGAAGCUGUCUUUAUGAUUCUUCUGCUGUGCUCCUCUGAGUUACUACUCUAAUAACUGUAUUGGGUGUUUCCCGCGUUAAAUUUCAGCUUAGAUCUGGGAUCAUUUGGGACCUAGCUGAUGCUGUAUUUGUCUUUCUUGCUUGCUGCUACUGUUUUUGUCCUUCUAGCG